AGAUUUAAAAACAAAUCUGAAACUAAAAUCCCUUUUAGUUUGAUAUUUAUUCUUUUGUGAUCUACUCGAUCUCAAAUAAUUCUUUUAGAAGAAUAAACAGAGUUGUUUUCUUCGUGAAAAGAAAAAGAGUUCAAGGAAAAUGGGAUUGAGGUGUGAAGUCUGUGAAGUAGAGUAGUAUCUCUUGAUGCCUCCGGUGUGCUUAAGGUGCGAAAGAGAUAGUGAGUGACGCAGAGUACACGGGCAAAGCUGAUCGUACCUCAAACCACUUGAUAUGCUCCUCAUCAACGCAGGUAAAUACGUGAAUGUGUCGACAAUACAAUAAAAGGUGUAUCAAAUUUUUCAUAAAAAUACCCAUGUGUUGACUCUUACCUUUACCUAUCUUGUUCUUCGUGUUCUUUGUGCAGUGUAAAAUUUCUGAUCAUGUAGAAUGAAAGUGUUCAUCAUUGAAAAAUUUUCAUAGCUCAUAACAGGGCUUAAAAGUAAAAAUUUCUUUGACAAUUUCAAUGGGUUCAGUGUGAAAAGACAUCAAGUAAAAUGAAAUUAGCGAGCAGAAUUAAAUGUCUCGGAUAUUUUCUCUAUAGUUACGCAAUUUUCUUAGCGGCAUGUGGAGGAGUUCUUGUAGUUUUCGGAGGAUACAUCCUCUAUCAUCAUCUGGGAUACAAUCUCCUAGUUGAAGGAGGUGCCUGGGGUCCAAGCACGGCUAUCUUGUGCCUAGGAUUGGUCACACUCUUUGUAUCGUGGAUGGGAUGGAAUGCUGUGGCCAAGAGAAAUCGAUGUCAGCUCUAUUUAUUUGGAACAUCUCUUCUGGGAGUUAUUCUCAUAAGCAUUUUCAUAACAAUCUGGUCUCUGACCACAAGAAAAGACAUCAAUGGGACAGCUAUAGCACCUGUAGAGGAAUCCUUUGCUGACUUCCUCUCCGAAAGCAACACCCUCAAUGACCACAGCCACCUGUGGAAUCGUUUGCAGUCUGAAAUGCAAUGCUGUGGCGUACAUGGCAUUACAGAUUACAUCAAAACUUCAAUUCCAUGGUCAUGCUGUCGUCGGCCAGAAGAUCCUUCAGAUCCACGAUGUCUGGCAUCCUAUCAGCGUGGCUGUUUAUUUGCUCUCACAGAUGAAACAAGACAGCGUCUUCUCUAUGUAUCAGUUGCUGCUCUUAUUUUCGCACUUGUUCAGGUCAUGGGAGUAUUUAUGACCGUUCAACUAGCAGUUUUGCUGAAAGAACAAGAGCAAGGGGGCGAUGUUGAGAGUCGCAUCAAUUCACGAAAUACCGAACUCUUGCCAUUCAAUGCUCAAGCAGAUGCAGGAAGGAAUCCUUCCGCUCCCACAGCCACAUCCAAAAGUACUCCUCCAUCGAGUCUUCACGAGAGUUUGCAUGCCGAUCUUAAAAGAGCUCAAGCACAUAGACUUUCAUCCAGUUGAUUGGUUUUUAAAAAUAAGACAAGUCACAAAAAAAAAGUUGGCAGAUUACUUUUAUAAGCAUUUGAUAUUUUUAUCAACAACGCCUUUAUAUACGAUUUUAUAAUGUUAGAAAGCAGAAAGAGUACCUAAUUUUUAAUUUGAAAAAUAAAACAUUUAAAUUAUUUAUUUUACAA